AUGGGUUCACCACUGAGCCCUGUGGUUGCUUCAAUAGCUCUCGAACGGAUCGAGCAGUCUGCGCUUGCUGAGCUGCGAGGAAAGGGAAUCGCGCCGGUGUUUUUCAAGCGAUACGUCGACGAUUGCUUGGUCGCUGCCAAAAACGAGCAACAAAUGGAAAUUUUGAACACGUUCAACAGUUUUCAUCAGAGGCUUCAAUUCACCAUCGAGCACGAGACUGAUGUCAUCGACACGCUCCAAGAUCCUCGCGUUUACGAUUCCCACAUCAACGAUCCUUACGUCCACGAUCCUCAGGUCCUCGAUCAUCACAUCCACGAUCCUCACAUGUGUGCGAUCCUCAGGAGGGGAGUCAAAGGAUAA